CCACUUACAAGUGAACUACAACCUUGAUGUCAACUACACUGACUGAUAUGAUGUAUCAGUCAUCACCACUAGUUUUCGGUUCUUCCAGUUUCCCAAACGGAAUCUGUUUCUCUUUCCCUGAUAUAUAAUACUUCCCUCGGGAAACCUGUUUCACUCGCUGACUUUCUUCUGGCAUAUAGCCCACUCACCUUCCAUUACCUCUUUACAUUCAGUCCACACCUGCCAACUUUCCACUUCACAUCAUAGCUCAGGACAACUACUUCCUUGCUUAACUGUUCAUAUUGCUUGAACUACAACAAAGUACACCACCAGACACUCAAAAAUCCUCACACCUCAUCAAGACUCCAGUCACCAACCAUGGCAACCUUACAACCAACUCAAAACGAGGAACCCCCUGAAGUUGGAGCUCAAGCUCAAGCUCCAGCCGCCCCAUCUCAACAGCCAGCGCAAGAACCCACCGAGAUCUCAGAAGACCACAUCUACGUAGCCCUCACCCACGACCACCUCAACUAUCAAUCUAUCAUAGACCAAGUCCGCUCCCCAGAAGCCGGAGCUAUCGUUGUCUUUGCUGGAACAACCCGCAACAACUUCAACUCCCUCCCCGUCCAGCACCUGUCCUACACCUCCUACGCCCCGCUCGCUCUGCGCACCAUGCUCACAAUCUGCCGCUCCAUCCUCACCAAGCACGGGUUGAAGGGGAUAGCGAUGGUUCACCGGCUAGGCGUGGUUCCCAUCGGGGAGGAAAGUAUCUUGAUUGCGGUGUCGAGCCCUCACAGGCAGGCGGCAUGGAGGGCGGGCGAGGAGGCGCUGGAGGAGUGUAAAGCGAAGGUGGAGGUGUGGAAGCGGGAGGAGUUUGCUGGGGAGGGGGGAGGGGUGUGGAGGGCUAAUAGGGAUGGGGUGGUGGGGGUUAGGGUUGAUGAGCCUAGGAUAGGGGAUGGGAAGGGGGAUGAGGGUGGCAGCGGGAAUGGGAAGAAUGAUGGGCAGAGGUGA